UCUUUGAUCAAUGGAAGGUGCUGAUCACCAAAGUGGCAAGAAGCUGCAGCACCAAACUGGUGGUGGUGCAUUUGGUCCUCCAUUGCCAAGACCACCAAACCAGAAACCACCCUCUCACCCCAACAUCAAUAUCUCAGUCCCACCACCACCACCUUCUUCUCCAAUCCCUUACCCCCAACCUUGUCUUCAGAGGUUGUUGCAUUCUCCGGUUUCUUCGUCCAAUUCUCGGUCCCUGUCUCAACCUCAAUUUGUCUCGCUAGAUUCUCUGCCCCCGCUGAAUUUGAACCCUCCCCGUUUUGACUCGAUUCCCAUUUCAACUGAUGUUAAACUUAAGUCUGUGAUGGUGGAAAACAAGCCUUCUGUGUCCCUCAAUAGAGAAGUUCAUAACACCUUUCAAGGUGGUGUUAGUGUUGCUCUUCCUCCUUGUAAAGGGCAUAGGCGCUCCAAAAGUGACUCCCCUAUGGGAAGCUCUGGUUACAUGCAAUCUUCUCCUUCCUCUGGUGGGGGAGAAAGAUUGGUGUGGAAGCCGGUUCAGUUAGCGUUGAAGGCGGAGGCCAAUGCCGGCUUCCAGGAUGAUGGUGGGGUUGUGAAUGGGAGGAAAGAGGCUGCUACUGCUACUGCUGCUGACGAUGAUGAUUUGUUUAGUCAAUACAUGAGCUGGGAAAACAAUGAUAAAAUGAAAUUUAAUGGUGAUAAGGAUUUGAAUAGCUGGACUAGUGGUUUUAAGACCCUUGAGAGCAAUGGUAAUGAAGUUGAGAGUCGUGUGGAUGGGAAAGCAAGUGGUGCUAAUGGGGCGAGUUCGAGCUUUUCGAAGGAAAGGGGGGAAGGAUUCAAGAGGAGUUUCAAUGGGGACAUUGCACCGGUUUCCCGGCACCGCAGAAGUUUCUCAUUGGAUAGUUCCAUAGGGAACUCUCAUGUUGAGGAUGGAUUACCUAAGUCUUCUCAUUUGAAUAGCCAAGUUGGUAAAUUCUCCCCUAGUAGCUCAAUGGAUAGCAUUGUCAUGGAGUUGGAGAAGGCUGAAUUCCGCGAUGAGGAGAUUAAGCAAAUAGUGAAAAGUGAUAAACUAACUGCAAUUGCCCUGACUGAUUCCAAGCGUGCAAGAAGGAUUCUGUCUAAUCGUCAAUCGGCUGCUCGUUCAAAGGAGAAGAAGGCGCAAUACGUUGCUGAAUUGGAGCAGAAGGUGCAAACCCUUCAGAGUGAGAGAGCUACUUUGACUACUCUGGUCACCAAAUUGCAGAGGGAUAACUCUGUGCUUAAAAAUGAGAGCAAGGAGUACAAACUAAGGCUUCAAGCCACGGAACAACAGUCUCAGUUGAAAGAAAGUUAG